AUGACUCUGAAUUUCGAAGACAUUGCUGCUCAUAUAAGCAAUUAUAUUAAGAAUGAAAACUUCUUCGAUACAUUCAAGAUCGGAGACAUCAAGACAAUCAUGAAAUACUCACGUUUAACCGCUGAUCAGUACGUUACUCUUCUCAAACAAUCUCAUUCAACUAUUAAUGCCAAAGAAUUAUAUGUGUGUACACGAAAUACAAAAGUUACUAUCCAAAAUCUCGAUGAAGUUGUUUUAAUUCUGAAUUCUCUCAAAAAAUACAUGAAAUUCAAUAUAUUUGAUGGGAUCAUUGAUGUUUUAAAACAAAAUGAGAAAGAAAUGAGUGAUUUUACACAGGAAAUUAAAAAACUUCAAGAUAAAUUAAAAGCGUUUCCAAAUGAAACUGGAAAUGUAACCAAAGAUUUGACGGCCGAUGUAACUAAUGAAAAUUAUAAUCAUUCACAAGAUAUUUUAACUAAAAUCACAGAACUUAAGGAAUCUAGUGAUUUUGAAACCGUUUACAAAUUCCUUGAUGAACUUUCUUGGAAAGGAAACAAUGAAAUGAUUUCAAAAUCAAUCGAAGCAGGACUUUGGCAAAAGAUUGCUCCUAUAGAAUAUGAUUGGAAUUUUGAGAGGAAUGUCCUUCAUUUUGCAAGUGAAAACGGAAAUCUUGAUGUUGUUCAAUAUCUUAUCUCAGUCGGAGCUAAUAAAGAAGCAAAGGAUAAUGAUGGAUAUACUCCACUUAUUUGGGCAUCACAAAAUGGUAAACUUGACGUUGUUCAAUAUCUUAUCUCAGUUGGAGCUAAUAAAGAAGCAAAGGAUAAUUCUGGAUAUACUCCACUCAUUCAUGCAUCAUUUCAAGGUCAUCUUAAAAUUGUUCAAUAUCUUAUCUCAGUUGUAGCUAAUAAAGAAACAAAGUCUAAUGGUGGAUGGACUCCACUCAUUUAUGCAUUAAUUAAUGGUCAACUUGAUGUUGUUCAAUAUCUUAUCUCUAUUGGAACUGAUAAAGAAGCAAAGGAUAAUGAUGGAUAUACUCCACUUAUUUGGGCAUCACAAAAUGGCCGACUUAACAUUGUUCAAUAUCUUAUCUCAGUUGGAGCUAAUAAAGAAGCAAAGGAUAAUUCUGGAUAUACUCCACUCAUUUGGGCAUCAAUUAUUGGUCAACUUGAAGUUGUUAAAUAUCUUAUCUCAGUUGGGGCUGAUAAGGAAGCAAAGAAUUAUAAUGGAAAAUCUGCCCUCGAUGUUGCUUCAGUCUCUGUGAGAAAAUAUUUAUCAUCAAUUUGA